AUGCAAAGGAACCGAGGACCAGCUGAACCGAGGAAAAGGCAGGUACUGUUUCCCUUCCUGCUGUCUUUGUUCUGCGGGGCCGCCUCCCAGCAGGUCCGCUACGCAAUUCCUGAGGAGAUGGCCAAAGGGUCGCUUGUGGGGAACUUUGCCAGGGAUCUAGGGCUUAGCAUCCAGGAGUUGACAGCUCGGAAACUUCGGGUUAGUGCAGAGGAGGAUUAUUUCAGCAUUAGCUCAGAGAAAUUACUGCUGGAGAAACCUUUGGACAGGGAACAGCAGAGCUCCCAUCGCCUAACCCUGACUGCCAUCGACGGCGGGGACCCGGCCCUAAGUGGCACUACUCAGAUCCGGAUCCAAGUCACCGACGCCAACGAUAAUGCCCCGGUGUUCAGCCAGGAUGUGUACAGAGUUAGCGUCCAAGAAGACGUGCCCCCGGGAAGCCCUGUGCUGCGGGUGACCGCCACGGACCAGGACGAGGGCAUUAACGCUGCUGUUGCAUAUGCCUUCCACAAUGUCCCUGCCAGUAGUAGCCUCCUCUUCGGGAUCGAUCCAAAUACCGGUGACAUCACAACGAAUGGGACACUGGACUUUGAAACAACAAGGAAAUAUGUGUUGGGCGUAGAAGCGAAGAAUGGAGGGGUCCACACAGCCCAUUGCAAUGUUCAGAUUGAAAUUGUUGAUGUGAAUGACAAUGCACCAGAGGUAACGUUCAUCUCCCUUUCCAACCAUAUCCCCGAGGACGCAGACAUUGGAACUGUAAUCGCCCUCAUCAAAGUGCGGGACCAGGAUUCUGGGCAAAAUGGCCUAAUGACCUGCUACAUUCAGAAAGACCUUCCUUUCAAAUUAGAAUCCACUUCAAAGAAUUACUACAAGUUAGUGAUUGACAGGGCCGUGGACCGGGAGCAGACAGCAGAGUACAAUGUCACCAUCACAGCAACCGACAGAGGCAAGCCGCCUCUCUCCUCCAGAACAAGCGUCACCCUGCACAUUGCUGACGUCAACGACAACGCUCCAGCCUUUCAGGAGGCCUCCUACACGGUUCACGUACCUGAGAACAACCUGCCUGGCACAUCCAUCCUUCAAGUCAGCGCCUGCGAUCCGGAUAUGGGCCCCAAUGGCCAGGUCUCUUACUCCAUCGUGGCCAGCGACCUGGAACCUCGCGCGCUGUCGUCCUACGUGUCCGUGAGCGCGCACAGCGGGGUGGUGUUCGCGCAGCGCGCCUUUGACCACGAGCAGCUACGCGCCUUCCAGCUGAUGCUGCAGGCGCGUGACCAGGGCUCGCCCUCGCUCAGCGCCAACGUGAGCCUGCGCGUGCUGGUGGGCGACCGCAAUGACAAUGCGCCCAGGGUACUGUACCCGGUGCUAGGACCCGAUGGCUCAGCGCUCUUUGACACGGUGCCACGCGCCGCGCAGCCGGGCUACCUGGUCACCAAGGUGGUGGCGGUGGAUGCGGACUCUGGAUGCCAGUAA